AUGCCGCGCUCCAUGUCCUCCACGGGUGUGAGCACCGCCGUUAUGACUUCGCAAGAGGAGCCAAUGCAGCGCUUGCGUCGUCCUGGCUAUGGCACCUUUGAGGAGCAGCGCCAGCGACGUCACUCAUGGCACACCAGACCCUGCGUUCAGGAAGUGGAAAAUUUCCAGCUGAUGCUUCGCAACUUCCUGGCCGACCUCAAUUGCAGACUGGACUUCCUCGAAGACUAUGGCCAUCUCAAAUAUGACGCAGGCGUCGAAUAUGCAUACACAACCCUCCUCGCCGUGCGCGAAUCGUGCUCGAAGAUAUCCGACGGCGCACUCGAAGCUGGACGCCGGCAAGCCUCAGUCUUCGUUGAGACACUUGAAGAGCGGUACAAAGAAGCGCUGGAGUCGCAAGAGACAUUGGGCGAGAAGGUCAUGGAGGGAAUACAGUUGAUGGACUCGUAUUUGACGGACUUUGAAACACGCGCAUAUGCUUUGAAAGACGGCACGCUCGGCUCAUAUGCCCACGAGAUGUACGAAAGUGGGCGAAGGAAAAUGGAUGAAGGUAUCGAAGCUGCUAAGGGCGUGGUCGACAGCGGUCUCGACAAGGCUCGCCGCGCUCGUGAAACCGUGGAGAUCACGAUCGAACACGGUGUGCAACGUGCGCUGACUCGCGCGAAGGAGCAUGGCCUGCUCCACUACGACGACCUGCCUGAGCCCUGGAGAAUCAACCCUCAUAUCCUCAAGGGCUACCGCUUCUCAGAAGGCAAGUGGGCGUGCGUGCGCUCCGUAUUUGGCUUCCACAACGAGCUCGUCAACAUCUGGUCUCAUCUCCUGGGCUUCAUCAUGGUCCUUGCUUUGGCUUUCUACUUCUACCCAUCCAGCGUCAACUGGAGCCAGUCGACCAAGGCUGAUAUAUUCAUUGCCGGUGUCUUCUUCUUCGCAGCUUGCAAAUGCCUUGCUUGCUCCACGAUCUGGCACACCAUGAGCAGCAUCUCGGAACAGACUCUGCUUGAGCGCUUCGCCUGCGUCGACUACACAGGCAUUUCACUUCUUGUCGCCGCCUCGAUCCUCACCACCGAGUACGCCGCUUUCUAUUGCGAGCCUGUCUCGCGCUGGUCGUACAUGACCCUCACUGCUGCUCUCGGUGUCGGUGGUGUCAUCCUUCCCUGGCAGCCGACCUUCAACCGCGCCGACAUGGCUUGGCUGCGUGUUGCGUUCUACUGCUCUCUCGCUUUGACAGGCUUCAUUCCCUUCUUCCAGCUGUCGUGGACCCGUGGCCCUCAGUGGGCGCUGUACUUCUACGCGCCUAUCACCAAGAGUCUUCUAGUGUACAUCAUCGGCGCAGUAUUGUACGCAAGCAAGUGCCCUGAGCGCUGGUUCCCUGGCUUCUUCGACUACUUUGGCUGCAGCCACAACAUCUGGCACGUCGCUGUAUUGGGAGGUAUCAUUUUCCAUUACAUGGCUAUGCAGGCUAUGUUCACUUCUGCUAUGACUAGGGCGCAGGUCAGCUGCUCUGUUUACUAG